AGCAUACAGUCACAGAUGGAGAAGUUUGCAGUGCAGCUUGGUGCAGACACGUCAACCCAUUGGUUGCAUUAUAUCACGUGUGUGGAUCGAAAGAUGGCGUCUCCAAAUGGAGGUGAUGAUUUUGAAUCAUCUCUGCUGAGUUUUGAGAAGCUGGAUAGAGCAUCUCCUGACCUAUGGCCAGAGCAAUUGCCAGGAGUCGCAGAUUUUGCUGCAUCAUGCAAAAAUCCAAUUACCAAUUCCCCACCCAAAUGGAUGGCUGAACUGGAGAGUGAGGACAUUGAAAUGUUAAAAGAGCUGGGGAGCCUGACCACAGCCAACCUGAUGGAGAAGGUCAAAGGGCUACAGAACUUGGCCUACCAGCUGGGCCUUGAGGAGUCCAGGGAGAUGACCAGGGGAAAGUUCCUGAACAUCCUGGAGAGACCCAAAAAGUGAAGACCCAGGAUGUGUCUGCACAGAGAGUAAAACAACACCCAGACGACUGACUUGAGACAGAAGAGGAAUCAGACCUAUGCCUUUAUGUAUACACUCAUACUACUACUACCACCAUCAAGUCCCUGGAUUUGAAUAUUGACACUAAAUUCAUUCACUGCGGAGUUCCCCUCGAGUCAAAGGGCAGCAACACUUUUCACCCCUUGACCUGUACAUUUAUUUUGUCCUCAAAGGCAGUUCCAUUUAGUUUUAUAAUGAUUUGAAAUGGUGAAUUACUUUCCUGUUUAGCUAGCUUGCAGGACUGUUUUGAAAUGUGUAUAUUCUGUAUUUAUUAUUUUUCUAUUUGGAGCAUUCUAAAAAAAAAAGUGCAAUUUGUCAAAGAAAAUUGUGUAAUUCUUUAAAAAAAAUAAUAAAUUGCUCCCUCUUUUAGGCUAUAACAUGUUUAUUAAUUGUCCUUGUAAUUGGUAAUUACCCUCAGUGUGCAUCUAUGGAUACAAUUGAAUCUUUCAAUGGUUUAGGAUACAAUUAAAUUCACUUCAGAAACUGG